AUGGCAACUAUUGUCGCCAGCGUCCCGCAAUCGCUGCCUUUCGAUGAUCGUUCGGCCGGGGGAAGCGGCUACCACCACCACUCUCCAAUGAACGAUAUCAAGCGUAUGUCAGGUCUCAACACUCAGCAGUAUGACCUCAGCGUUGCUUUCGGUACUGGCACUCCUCCCACUGCAACCAUGACAACACAACCGGCUCAAAGUGAGCUAGGCCCAACACCUGUGACCGGCAAACGGGCAAGAAGUUCAAAAGAAAAUGAUGGCAAAUCGGGAAACAUCAAUUCGACAGAAGAUGAUGGACGAAAGAAGAGGUCUAGGGGUAGACCGAGGUUGGAUACCAAAGACGAAACCGCUGCCGAUCGUCGUCGUACACAAAUUCGUCUUGCUCAGCGAGCAUACAGGCAUCGUAAAGAUACCACCAUCACAACCCUAGAGCAGCGUGUCAAGGAGCUGGAAAAAGCCAAUGACGAUAUAAGCAAAGGGUUCAGCGACUUUUACGACAUUCUCCUGUCUGAACGUGUUCUCGAAGCUGCUCCACAUGCGAUUCAACGAUUGUCCGCUCUUGCUGGCAGGAUCACCGCGGUAGCUGAUAAGGCACGAUAUAGCACCGUAGACGACAGCGGCACCGAUGAAAGUGAGGAGCACACCGGGUCUAACCAUGGACAGUAUCACGGACUGGAAGCAAUGCCAUCAACCAUGCAUAGGGGCACCACCGUCCAACCACCCAAAGACUUUCACUCAGAUACCUCACUGCAUACCAGCAUCAUAGGGACGUCUGGCGCCUCUGCAAUACCCGGUAGCACUUUAGCUACAGCAUCUGCGCCUCCGCCGGGGCCCCUGAUUCACGUGCCUACUUCACUCAACUACGAAGUUGUCACGGCAGCAACCCCGGACAAUGCGAGUUUCCCGUUUUACUCCUCGAUGGAGUCAACUGCGGUGGACAGCUUCGAUGGAAGCAUGGCCGCUGACCACGGUCUAUACUCAUCAAUGGCCCCGCCAUCUUCCUACGCCUCACACGAGUUGACCUUUGGCCGUCGACUGCAACGCCAUUCAAUCGAGAAAGGGUUACGACUCAUUAUGAUGGCUAACCCUCCACCAGACAGAUUUGCCGCCGUCUUUGGGUUUUGCCUGUUUUUCGAGUCGAAGGCGGCCAUUAUUAAGCGUUUGCAACUUUCUUUGAGCCGGAACCAACACGAGGAUUUAAGCCACUGGAGGUUUCCGUUCACCAAUCUCGGCGGCGCCGGUACUUACUUCCCGCAGCAAUCGAUUGAAGGCACAGACAACACGAAAGCAGUGAUGCCCAUCGGGAACCAAGGCACUCGGUCAUAUGGGAAGCCCCAGGAAAUGACUGGUUUAUCCAUGGGACCAUUUGGCCCGGAAGUGGAAGCGACGCGCGAUGAACGAAUUGAUCGCAAGAUGCGGAUGUUGUGGCCAGGCUUUGAGGGCGAAUUUUUCGACCCGGAUGAAGUCGAAACGUAUCUGCGCCAACUAGGCAUAUUCAUUCCCCAGCGAGCCGAAUAUGUGGAGGCAGACAUUGAUAUCAGCGACCUGGAUCGUGACGAGUCUUCAACGAGAGCCAGCAGCUCCUCCGCCUCUGCGCCAAACGGGCAUCAAGCAGGCUUUACUACUACAGAUUCCGGAUACGGGGGCAGCAAUCAAGGUGGCGCAUGGGCUAGCGACAGUAACAGUCCAAUAUCGGGUGCCGCCGACGGUACAGGCCCAUCAGUUGCUGUCAACAUGGCACAGCAACCCCCGGUGGGCAUAGCAGGGCAGAACCACGGACAACCACCACCAAGCGAGUAUGGUCAUGAAAUGGUUAGCUUCAUGCUGCCUUCUGGAAGCAACCGCAUCUGGUCACAAUCCAUGACCUGGCCUGUCAAGUCCAAGAUCGCAUUAAAUGUGUCAGUAUUGAUUAAGGAAUUGUCAAAUAAUGCAGUCUGCUUAGGCCGAACCCCCGGCAUCAGGCGAAAGGAUGUCAACUUAGCCGUCAAAAUUGCCGCUGGUUUGGCUGCAUCACCAGUUUGA